AGCAGCCAGAGGAAGAGGAGAGAUAACUGAAUGCAGAGAGGGAGGGAAGGAAGGAGUGCAGAGUAAAGGGAAUAACAUCUGGGAGGAAGAGAAGAAAGUGCUGGGAUGGGGUAGGGAGAGCCCGUUACAGGCAGAGUAAACACAAACGGACAAUUUCAUUGCUUUGUCUCCCUCCCCUUUCUCUCAGUCUCCAGUCCCAGGUCUCUGAUCAAGUUCAUUCAAGAAAUGUGAGUAGGGGACAGAGAGCUGGAAACAACUGGGCAGGGCCUCCCUGUCCUGAGCUUCACUAAUUGAUGAGCAGAACAUCAGAGUAACAGCAAACAAGUCUGUGACAGCAAGUUCAUCCUGGUGGAACUACCAAGUAACAAGAACCAUGUCAAGUGUAAGAUACGAGCAGAGGGAAGAACCUUCCAUGGUUAAUGGGUUUGGCAAUACUGAGGAGAAAGUAGAAAUUGAUAAUGGGAAGAGUGAAGUGGAGGAGCCAGCAACAUGGUGGAACAAACUGAGGAAAGUGAUUUCUCCAUUUGUGAUGUCCUUUGGAUUCAGGGUUUUUGGAGUUGUCCUGAUCAUUGUGGACUUUGUUCUUGUAAUUGUGGAUCUGUCUGUGACUGACAAAAGCAGCGGGGCCACCACGGCAAUAUCAUCCAUUUCAUUAGCCAUAUCCUUCUUCUUUCUUAUUGACAUAAUUCUACAUAUCUUCGUGGAAGGGUUCAGUCAGUAUUUCAGUUCCAAGCUGAACAUAUUUGAUGCUGCUAUUGUUAUCGUGACGCUACUCGUCACUCUGGUGUACGCAUUCACAGACUUCAGUGGAGCUACUAAUAUUCCAAGAAUGGUAAACUUUCUCCGAACUUUGAGAAUUAUCAUAUUAGUGAGAAUCCUCCGCCUGGCAUCUCAGAAGAGGCAACUCGAGAAAGUAACAAGAAGGAUGGUCUCCGAAAACAAAAGACGGUAUCAAAAAGAUGGGUUUGACCUGGAUCUCACAUAUGUUACUGAUCGUAUAAUUGCCAUGUCAUUCCCGUCAUCUGGGAAGCAAUCGUUUUAUAGGAAUCCUAUACAGGAGGUUGCAAGGUUUUUAGACUCCAAGCAUAAGGAUCACUACAAAAUCUACAACCUGUGCAGUGAAAAAGGAUAUGAUCCUAAAUACUUUCACUAUCGCGUGGAGCGAGUGUUUAUAGAUGAUCAUAAUGUCCCAGUGUUGGAGGACAUGCUGACUUUCAUUGCAAGUGUACGGGCGUGGAUGGCAGAGGAUCCCCAAAAUGUUAUUGCUAUUCACUGUAAAGGAGGCAAAGGACGGACGGGCACCAUGGUUUGCACAUACCUUGUUGACAGUGACCAGUUCGAGAGUGCUGUGGAAAGUUUGGAUUAUUUUGGAGAAAGACGGACUGAUACAAGUGUAAGCACUAAGUUCCAAGGUGUAGAAACACCUUCUCAGAGCAGGUAUGUUGCAUACUAUGAAGUUCUGAAGAACAAAUUCAACCGCCAACUUCCUCCAGAGAAACAACUCAGGAUCAGAAGUAUCAGAAUCCACUCUAUACAAGGUGUAGGAAGAAGCAAUGGCACAGAUUUAAAGGUUCAGAUAACAAUGAAGAAAGAAGUAAUAUUCCAGUGUAUCUGUGAGACACAGGAAAACUGUAAGCUGUUUUUUGAUGCUGGGAACAAUUCCGUAGUCAUAAGCCUGGAAGGUUGUCCUGUUAUCUCGGGAGACAUCAAAAUAAGAUUUGAGUCCAGCACAAAUCUUCCGAAAGGCUACGAUGACUGUGCCUUCUACUUCUGGUUCAACACAUCCUUUACAGAAAACAGCAGACUCUACCUUUCCAAAAAUGAGCUGGACAAUCCCCACAAAGAAAAAUCUGGAAAAAUCUACAAAGAGGAUUUUGCUGUGGAGUUAAACUUUGAGUCUUGAUCCUCAUUUCUUCAAUGUAGAAGUCGGAUAUCUGAACAGGGGUCAGCCAACGAGAUUCCCAUCGAUUACUUCGCUGUGAUAAUACGGUGUACUGUGUGCUCACCACAUACACAGCCAAAGUGCCAAAGUACUGAUUUUAAUACAGAUGUCUAUUUGUAAAUAUUACCUUUAA